AUGAACGAUCCACCAUUAGGAAGGUCGCAAGUGCCUUCCAAUUCGAGGACCCAGCCAAUGAACCAAAUGGAACAGCUUUUGCAGUUGAGGAAAACGCUAGAGGUUUGUCAGAGCACUGGAAAAAGCUUGAUGGACGACGUGGAUGAGAAGAUCUCUAUUGUGAAACUCUCGGAAGAUGUCGAGAAGCUUCAUGGUCAGAUUUCAAACGUGUCUUCCGAGGUGAAUUCAAUUAAUACUCGAACCGGGUCAAUGGAGUCGGUGCUGGAGAAACUUCUUGAGAAUUCGAACAAAACUUUGGAGAAUCAUUCGAGUCUGGAAGCAACAAUCACCAAGUCGAAUGCCGAUGUUGAAGCCAUCAAACAACAUAUUCAAAUGUUUGAUUCACACAAUUUUCAAGAAAAGUACUCGAGAAUAGAGCAAGCUGUUAUCACGUCAGCAGGCGGUAUCGAAAAAAUCAAUCAACAUUUGGAAGCGUUUGAUUCGAAUAAAAUCCUUGAAAAACAAUCGAGUUUGGAACAAACAGUCAUCAAUUCAACCUGUGUUGUCCAAGAAAUCAAACAUCAAUUGGAAGCGAAGGCGAUUUCGGAUGAAGCUGAUUUGCGCAAACUGAUGGAAAUGCAAAAUCGGAAGCUAGAAGAACAUAAGAACGAAAUUGUCACUGCAAUCAAUGAAAUCAGUCAGAAUGUGGAGGCAUCUCAAGUCAACGAAACUCUUCACUCUGCUAUCAAACAGUUGCAAGAGAAACUCGAAGCGCGGUCAAUAUCAUCAAAACGUGUUUCCAGCGACUCUGUGCCAGAAGUAGUUCUACCUUCAACUGUCGUCUCACCUGUUGAAAACUUUUCAAUCUCAAAACCAGAUGUGAGUGCAGGUGAAGAGCAGGAAUUGGGAGAGCAAAGUGGAGGAGGAACCACACCAUUGGCGAUCACGAUUGAAACUGUUCCGGCGGUUUCACAACCGCCGAUUGACAAGAACUCGGUUGUUGUUGAACCGGUCGUUGGAGGAGGGAGGACACCUGUUCAAAAUAAGCCACCUUUAACAUCAGACUUAAGCGAAGGUCAACAGGAGGAAUCCGAAGAGCAAAAUGGAGAAGAAAUCACACCAUUGGCAAUCACGAUUGAAGCUGUACCGGCGGUUUCACAAUCGCCGAUUGACAAGAACUCGGUUGUUGUUGAACCGGUGGUUGUUAAAGAGGAGACUAAGGCAGCCAAAUCAAGAGUCAAGCGCCCACAUGUGCCGUCAACGGAACCCGAUCAGACGUUGACGAAAUUUCCAAAGCGCUGCGAAUAUGAUGGCCGCGACAGUUAUCUUCCCCCUCAAAAUGAUGACUUUGCCCAACCAUUGGAUGCUCAAGCAGAGAGAGCUGAAACAGAGAGACAAGCAAAGACUCAAGUACGGAUUGAACUAGAGCAAAGCCCGAGAGCUACUCCAGCGAUACAUUCAAAUAUUCCCAGUACCAGUUCGCCGACCCCUGAAGACGCUGAAGCUAAUGUAGUAGAUGAAAAAGUGGCCGAUGCGUCAUCAAUGGAUUUUUCUGACAACAGAAGUUCCGCUCAAAAGCCGAUUGAACGUGAGGAAACCACUCCAGGAAUUUCUUCAAAUUAUUCAGAUAGCGUUUCGACCGCCCCCGAGGCUAAAGCUAUUGUAGUAGAUAAAGAAAGGACCGAUGCACCAAUAAUGGAUUCUUCUGACCACCGAACUGAUGAACUUCCUCAUAAUCAACCGGCUAUAGGAAAUGAACUUUAUGAUUUUGAAGCUCAACACAAAGAUCUUGAUGCGAUGCCAGAAAAAGAAGAAGGCGGCGUUCAACGAGAAGAGGUCGUCAUUCAAAUGGAGAAUGAUCAAGACCCCGUGGAAGAUUCUGAGGAAUUUUUUGUGCCACCGAAGAAGAGAAAACGCAAAGGAAAGAAAGGGAGGUUGACCACAAGGCGGGCACCAAAAAAAAAUGUAGAAGUAUUCAAUAUGGAGGAAUAUAAGUUUGAAUGGGGAUCAGAAGAAAUCGGUGCAGCAGAAGAUUAUCAAGAGGAUGAUGGAACGAACAAAAUUGAUGUUUUUAUUGGAAAACCCGCUGCAUUUUGGAAAACCCCAGAUGAGGUUAUGAAGAAACUCGUGGAACAGUCAGCUGCUUACACAGCCAACGGAAUGGUACGAUUCGCAUAUGAAGAGCCUCAAUGUACCUAUGCCGAUGAGAAACAAAGAGAGAAUGUGUCCGCUUUCCUCGAAUCACAUACGAGCGCAAUUGAUCCGGGAUAUUGGAGAACUACUGUGGACCCGGAAACAUAUAAAGCUCUCGAUUCCGAAGACUUUCGAUAUUGUCAACACUAUUUUGAGACGCACACCGUCCAAGAAGUAACCAAACCGCCAUUGCCCAUGAAUGACAAGAAUGGACCAGUUACACCGGAAAAAUAUUUUCCUCGUCUACCGACUACUGCAGUAAACCAUCAGUCUUUUACUCUCAAUUCGGCCGAUGUUGCUGCAUUAGCAAUGGAGUCACAUGGAAAGUUCGAUCAGAUUUAUACCCCGAUGAACAUUCAAAAACUCGAACCCAACCGUGAACUUGUGGCGGCAGAGCAGGAGCUGUUCAAAAAUGAUAAUCCGGAGCUUGCAAGCAAGAGGCAUCGACUGCCAGCGAUUCACGUUGAGAUUAAAACUAAAGAAGAUCUGCAUUCUCCGAAUUUAAAAAAAGUGCUCGAUUCUUCUCCAAUCUCGGUUCUAUCUGGAGUCGGUAAAGCUCUUGGUAUUGACCUGAAGACACUGACAAGUGAACGCUUGGCGGCAACCGUUCCAAAUCUUAUUGUUGAUGUAAUGCUGCAAGUUGCACAGCCUGUGCACCAGAACAUUACUAUCUAUGGAAUGAAGGAAUGGGAGACCCAAAGGAAAUAUUGUAGUAUGACGUCGGCACAAUUUGAGGAAUGGAAACGGAACGAGCAGAAAGCAGCCAGGAAACUUCUCAGUCUUCUCAAAAAAUGCGAUCCAAAACAUGCUCCUGCCAUGGUCCAGGACUUCAUGAAGAAAAGAAUCAAGGCACCGUAUUCGUUUGAAGGAGAAGAGAAAGAGUAUUCAUGGACACCAUUCGCCACGAACAUCGAUCUCACCAAAGAUGCUGAUAACUCCAGGGAUCUACAAGAAGGCAAGGAUCACUUCAAAGAGCAGACAGAUAUUCUUAAUCAACUUCCCGCGUUCAUGCAAGCCACUGACAGGAGCAAUUUGCUGGCUCACAUUCAUUCAAACGUGUUUGGAGUCAACACGGUUCAGAUGUACUCCAAAUUCAUUGGAAGUUUGACUGCGGCUCACAUGGAGAACUCGUUGAUGGCCAGCAUAAAUUGGAAUGUCGGUCCAGCGUCUUGCAUCUGGUACGCCAUUCCUUAUGAAUACUGGACGCAGCUGGAGAAAUUAGUGAAGGAGAAAGGUCAGAAGUAUCACCACCAAAACUAUUGGCCCAGUGAGGAAGAUAUCAAGAAAGCUGGAAUCCCAUUGAUAAAAUUCGAGCAAAGGGAGGACGAGUUGGUUUAUGUCAACACCGGCACUUUCCACUGGGUCCAGGCAGAGGGAUACUGUACGAACGUUAGCUGGAAUGUGGGACCAGCUAAUUUCAACCAACUCGCCGCAUCACUCAUCUCCGCAGCUCACAAUAGGACUUCCAGACACGAAUGCCACAUCCCAAUCACUAAUGUGAUCUGGAAUGCCGCCGAGGAGAGGAUGUUCAUGGACGAGCCGCUAAUGUACAGUUGUAUGAGAUGGCACAUGCAAAGGAGCCUUGCAUGGUGCAUCCGAUACAUUGCAUGGAUCGAGUCCAACGGCUAUGAAUUCGAAGAUUGGACUGAUCGGGAGGCUGAGUAUAUUUACCGAUGUGGUACCUGCAAACAGGAGGUGUUUAACAUUUGCAAAGUGCUCCGGACCGGAAAUGACAAGUCAAAGGACAUAAUCUUCUGCCCAAUUUGCAAAAUCAAUGUUUCGAGGAAAAACAAAAGGCAGCUGUUUGUUAUCUACAAGAACGUUGCAAAGUUAAGAAAGAUUUAUGAUAGCUUUGUUCGGGAAAUCCCUGAAGAAGGAAUUCAACAGGAUCAAUAA